AUGUCGACCUCAGAAGCUAGGCGGCGGAUUUUCAUCACCGGAGGCAGUGGCUUUGUUGGCUCACGCAUCAUCUUCUUCGCUGUUGCGGAGGGCUACGAGGUACGCGCUCUGUCACGCAGUGAGAAGAGCGAUGAGAAACUCCAGGAUCUUGGCGCCGUGCCGGUCCGCGGCGAUCUGUCCACGUUGGAAGUCCUGACACAAGAAGCUGCCGUUGCCGAUGUCGUGAUCCACUUGGCCGAUUCCCAGAUUGGCAAUCUCGGAAUGUCAUGGGAUGAGAUUCUACGCAUUGAUGGAGCGGCUGUUGGCGCGCUGGCGGAGGGAUUGAAUGGCUCUGGGAAGCGCCUCCUAGUUACGUCCGGCUCCCUUGUCGCAGCUGCGGACCCAACCGGGGCCGAGACGGACGAGUCGUCCCCACCAUGGCCGGAAGACCAAGCACCUCAUCAGCGUCUUAAGGCGGAGAAGCACGCACUUGGAAUGGUAGACAAGGGUAUCACGGUGGCCACCAUACGCCUGGCACCGUGUGUUCACGGCCACGGGGGAAGCGGCCCGGUCAUGUUUAUGAAGCUUGCCACGAUGCGUGGUCAAGUAUGCUAUGUAGACGAGGGAAACACGCGCACAUCCUUUGUGCAUGUUGACGAUGCGGCUAGGGCGUAUCUACUCGCAGCCAAAAAGGCCAGGGCGGGAGACAUCUUCAACGUGACCGCGGAGACAAACGUCACUAUGCGACAGCUCACUGAGGCAUUUGGUGAAGCGCUGAGAUUACCGACAAAGUCUCUAACAAGGGAAAAGGCUGCCGAGAUGGUGGGACAGUUCCUUGCAAGAUUCCUCACAACUGAAAACAGAGCGUCUAAUGCAAAGGCCAAAGGGGAACUGGGCUGGCAGCCCAGGGAAAUUGGCAUUCUUGAGGAUAUCACUUCUGGCUCAUAUAAGGCAGUUGCGGAAACGCUAAUCAAGCCACAGUCUUAA